AAAAAAACAGGAAGCAAAAUGCUGAAAUUGAUCGUCUCCUUCGCCGCGCUGAUCGCCCUGGUUGCCGCCGCUCCCGCUGCCGACGAUGCCAACGCCAACAUCCUAACGCAGGAAAACAUCCUCGAGCCGGACGGCAAAUAUGCCUGGAAGUACUCGACCAGCAACGGAAUCCAAGCGGAGGAAAGCGGCCAGGGGGGCGUCGCCGUUCAAGGAUCCGCCUCCUGGGUCGGGGACGACGGUGUUCCAAUCGUGCUGACCUACACGGCCGACGAAAACGGAUACCACCCGCAGGGAGUGCAUCUGCCAACGCCACCACCGAUUCCGGAAUACAUCCUGCGAGCCCUCCGGUACAUUGAGGCUCGUAACGCGCAGAAUGUGUAA